AUGGCUCAAAAUCAACCGCAACUUAUCACUCCUCGACCUGCAUUUUCGGGUUUUCAAAGAUUUAUGAAUGGAGUAUUCGUCUUGUUAAUGUGUUUGGAUUUUUUCAUCAGCGGAUUUGGAUAUGUAAAUUAUACAGAAAAUGCUAUUCAGUCGAUGGUAAUUUUUGAAUCGGAUCCAGUUACUACACCAGGAUCAACGAAAAUUGUAGGAAUUCUUUCUCUUUUACUUACACAAUUGGGUUGGAUUUAUAUGGUUUUGGGAAUUUUAGGAUUUUUAGCCUUGUUCUUCAAGAGAAGAUCCAUGUUAUUGUUUGUCAUGUCUUUGGUGAUGAUUAUUACAACAUCUGUUAAAAUUCAUUACAUUACAAAGAAUAAUCCGCAUGAUACUUUGUCUUCGGAGUUGCAAGAAAUUGUUAAAUUUGAAGUAGUGCAAUUAGUUAUUGGUUUACUAGUUGCUUUCAUUUCAUAUAUUGAACGUGGAAGAAAUGACUUGCCUGUCAAUGUUGAAGCAGAAAAGAAACAAGAUUAA